GGUCUUUCUCAUCUUCCAGGCGAAGACUAUCCCUUCUUCUUCUUCUUUUUCUCAACUUCUUAUUCCCAUUUUUUUUUCUUCUUUUCAAACAUAAGUACCUCGAAUCAAAUCCAACAUUGCAAAAUGGCGCCCGUGCUUAAACUCUUCACUCUCUUGAACCUCUCCAUGUACGCCGCAGCCCAAGGCAAGCAAUUCAUCACCGGCGCAUGUACUUCGGACGCAGCCUGCGCCUCUGGCUGCUGCGCCUUCAAGACGGGAAAAUGCGCUGCGCCGCUGGUGGCUCAGGAACGCGGUGAAGGGUGUGGGUUUGGAAAUGCGCAGCCGAAUAAUAAUGCGUCGGAGGCGCAGAGAGCGGCGAAUGGGCUUGGAAAUGGAAAUGGAAAUAAUAAUGCUGGGAAGAAUGCUGGUGCUGGAAAUGGUGCUGGAAAUGGUCAAAACAACAACAGUGGCACCAUGCAAGCCGCAUCCUCGUCGGGAUCAAACAGCAACAGUACUACACCCGCACCCGGCACCGGCACCGGCACCGGAAAAGGCGCCGGCACAGGCCAAGCAAAAGGCAAACAAUUCAUCACGGGCCCAUGUACCUCAGACGCCGACUGCGCGUCAUCAUGCUGCGGCUUCAAAAGCGGGAAAUGCGCGGGCCCCGUGGUAGCGCAGGAGCGCGAUGGCGGAUGUGGAUUUGGGAAUGCGGCGCCGAAUGAUAAUGCGGCCAAGGCGUUGGUGGGGAGGAGUUUGGGGAGACGGGGACCCGUGCUGAUGUGAGAGGGUUAGUUUGGGAGUAAGUAAGUACUUUUGUUUUGUUGGUUGGGGGGGUGGUGUAGGUCUGGUGUAAAUCUGGUGUGGUCUGGUGUGGUCUGAUCUGGUUGGUGCUAGAGGAGCAUCUCUGCAGUAAGGCCUGGACAUGUAAGAUGUUUGUUGAUUUUUCUUUUUUGAAUUUUUCUUCUUCUUCUUCCUCUUCUUCUUCUUUUCAUUCCUUGAUGCAUUCACAUGGUACAUACACAGUAGACACUACAUACAGAUAGUGGAGAGAAAUUGUAGGAUGAUGUAACGAC